AUGUCUAUUGAAUUGGAAAGAAACACAUUGGAGGAACUCCAUACUAUAGAGAAAGCCAUCACUGAUAGAAUACAGAGAAAUCCAGAGCUUUAUGAUGGGUUUUUAGAGGAUAAUAAUAGGGUUUUAAAUAAGAAAAAAAAACGUUCAUUUAGAGAAGUAUUAUUACAACAACAUGAAAUAUCUUUCUUUUUGAAACAAUACAAGAAACAGAAAACUUUCUUAGAAGAAUCUUGGAAUGAUGCUUCAAGAAAUGAAGUUUUGAAAACAAUUGAUGAUCCAACUUAUGAAUUGAUUAAGUUUGAUGAAUUGUAUCAAUCUAUUAAAUCUCAAAAUGAUGAAACUGUUGUUAAGAAUCUUGGUUCAAUAUAUGCCAUGAAAUCAUCAAAUUCAAAUAUCCUAAGUGAAAUAGGUUCAGGGAUUGAUUUAAAUUUAAUGUUUUCCGGUGAAGAAUAUUUUGGGAAAUAUUUAGAUUUAGUGGAAUUUCAUGAAAUUUGGUUAAAUUUAUCAAGUUUAAAAAUUAGUUAUGUUAAAUAUUUGGAAAUUUUUGAUAAAUUUGAAGAAUUUAAUGAUAUUGUUAAUAAAAAACAAGAUGAUUAUUUGAAAUAUUUAAUUAAUUUAUCAAAUUAUUUGAAGAAUUUCAUAACAAAAUCAACUCCAUUAUUUAAAUUAGAUUCAUUUUUAAAUCAAUUUGAAGAAAAUUUCAAUAAAUCAAAACAAAAUCAAGGAUUAUAUUGUGAAGCUUGUGAUAAAAAUUUUGCUAAAAAAACUGUUUAUGAUGCUCAUCUUUCAGGUAAAAAGCAUUUAAAAAAUGCAUCAAAAUUAACAACAUCAUCACCACCUCCAUCAUCUAAAAAUUAUGAAUAUUAUGAAAAUCUAAUCGAACAUUUAUUAACCCCAUUAAGAACAAAACGUCAAGAUACAAAAUUAAACACAGAAAGAAGAAAAGCAUUAACAGAACGUGAAAGAUUAAUUGAAAUUUCUCAAUUAGAAAAAGAUGAACAAUUAUCAUCAAGUGAAGAUGAGUCAACUAACGAACAAGAUGAAAACCCAGAUUUUAAAGAUGGUGUUUAUAACCCAAUGAAUUUACCUUUAGGUUUUGAUGGACAACCAAUUCCAUAUUGGUUAUGGAAAUUACAUGGAUUAGGAAUAGAAUAUACUUGUGAAAUCUGUGGUGAUUAUACAUAUAAGGGGAGAAAGGCAUUUGAUAAACAUUUCUUAGAGCCAAGACAUAUUCAUGGAUUGAAAUGUUUAGGUAUAACACCUUCGUUAGUUUUCAAAGAUAUAACUAGUAUUAAGCAAGCUAUUGAAUUAUGGAAUAAAGUUAAAAGACAAAAAAGAAUAGAGGAAGGAGAAAAAGAAGAUGCAGUAGAAGUGGAGGAUGAAGAAGGGAAUGUUAUGAGUGAGAAAGUUUAUAAUGAUUUGAAGAAACAGGGAUUAAUUUAG